AAAAAAAAAAAAAAAAACAGGGAACCUCCCAAGUGGGAGAGGGAGAGGGCGAAAAAAAAAAAAAAAAAAAAAAAAAGGGGCAAGGACAGAGAGCAGGGAAGCUGGAGGCCAAGGGGGUUUGCUUUGAAAAAAAAAAAAAAAAAAAAAAAAAGAGAAACAGCAAAGAGAGAGGGUGCAGAAAAACAGGAAGAAAAAAAAAAAAAAAAAAAAAAAAAGAGGAAGGGGCUUCAGAGUGACCUGGCAGGCACAAAAAAAAAAAAAAAA